UAAUUAUAAAUAAAGUGUAAAUAAACUAAGUAAAAGUAAAUGUGUAUGUGUAUGUAUAUUGCAACUAAAAAAAGUCCGGUAUACAGUCUGAAAAAACCAACCCAAAUAUCAAAUUCAAAAUUUCAAUAGUCAACCAGCCAUCACAACAAGAGACAUUAACAUAAAAUGUCGAACAUAUCGGAAGAUGAAGAUGAUGCGUAUCUUUACGGAUCGGAUGAAGAAGAAGUACUGAAAAAAUCACAAAGUGGAAGUAACCAGAAAGAUAAACUGGUUAUUAAACAAGAGAGUCAAAAGGAUAAAGUUAAAGAGGUAGAUGAUGAAGAUGGAGAUGGAAAUGGAAAUGGAGAUGAGGAAGAGAAUGAAGAUUCACAAGAUGAAGAUUCAGAUGAAGAUUCAGAAGAUGAUAUUGAUAUUAUCAUUGGAGAAGAAGCCAAACCAACUACUACUGUUACAGCUGUAGCAACAAAUAAUGAUACACUGGGUACAUUAGUAGAUACAGAAGUAGAAAGAGAUAAUAAAACUAGUAUAAUAGUAAGAAAUCAAAGUGAUAAUAAAGGUUCAAUAGAUGUUAAUGCAGUAGGAGAAUAUGAGGGCAAACCCAUUACUCAUCUUGAUCUUGAAACUAUUAAAGAAAAACCAUGGCGAGCACCAGGAGUUGAUAUUACUGAUUAUUUUAAUUAUGGAUUUAAUGAAUUUACAUGGACUCAAUAUUGUUAUAAACAAGAUAAAACAAGAGGAGAAUUUAAACCUGAAGCAUUCAUGGCACAAAUGUUAAGUUCAGGAGCUCCACCUCCAAUCCCACCUCCAUCUUCAACAUCUAUACCACCUAUGGGAAUGAUGCCACCUAAUGGAAUGCCUCCAAUGGGUAUGAUGCCUCCAGGUAUGGCCCAAUUUAUGCCUCCAGGUAUGCCAAUGGGUAAUUUUCCUAAUAUGCCAAACAUGCCAAAUAUGCCAAAUAUGCCUCCAAAUAUGCCAAACAUGCCCAAUUUACCUAAUAUGCCAAACUUACCUAAUAUACCAACCAAUUUCCAAAAUAAUGGUAAACCAGUAGCACAAUUUCAACAUUUUAAUCAACCACCACCUCCUCCACCUCCACCUCCACCACAAAGAUAAAUUAUUUACAAUAUGAAUAGUUUAAUUUUAACCAAU